AUGAAAGGCGAUACACUUCGAUACAUUGCUCUAAAACUCAACCUUACGAUGGAGGCUCUCCAAUCCACUGCUCAGAGUGAAAAUAUGGAUGCGGAGAUUGAAGCCGGCCAGUUUGUUAAGCUUCCGCAAUGCAGUCCGAGUACUUGCUCUUUCCACCCGAUCACAUUUACCUACGGGACUUACAAGGAUAUUGCGGACAAAGUGGGUACGACGGUUGGUCAGAUUAUGGCCGUUAACCCUACGUAUAAUUAUACCUCUGUUGCUAAGGGGGAGGGCGCUGUCAUUACUGUGCCGGGUAGCUGUGAAUAUACGGGAUCAAAUAUCACAGUGAUUUCUUGA